AUGGUGAAGUCAAUGCCAUAUGGUGUCAUUUUCCAUUUCCAGCAAAGGACAGGCUACUUGGCUCCAUCCGCUUACUACAACAAGCUGCUGACAACAGAGGGAUUUCAAUUCGAUGAAGACUUCUUUAAUUCCAUCCACAAUUUUACAUCGCCUGCGUAUGAGGAUAAACCAUCUGCUCCAUGCAAUGUAACUGUGCCCGGACUUAAAAGGUUGGGUCUGAUGAUCACCUUCAUCAUCGUGUUUGUCUUCAGUGUUGUAGGCAACACUGUAGUUGUCUAUGUGGUUUGUUCUAUGAAGAAAUGCAGGGCCAGAACAGAUAUCUACCUGAUACACCUGGCAAUGGCAGACCUUCUCUUCAGCCUGACCCUCCCGUUCUGGGCCCUCAACGCUCAUUCAGGUUGGAUCUUCGGCAACUUCCUGUGCAAACUGCUGUCCAGCUUUCAGGAGGCAUCAGUCUACAGCGGUGUCCUCCUGCUGGCAUGCAUCAGUGUGGACCGUCACUUUGCCAUUGUGAGAGCUACACGUGUCCUGCCCUCCCAUCACCUGUUGGUGAAAGUGGUGUGCAGUGUUGUGUGGCUGGUGGCUGGAGUGCUGUCCUUACCCGUGGCAAUUCAAAAGGAGAGCAUGUAUGCUGAAGACCUACACCAGAGAAUUUGCUAUGAAAACCUAAUUGGUGAAAGCAGCAAGCAAUGGCGUGUUAGCGUGCGACUUCUGCGCCACACGAUGGGAUUUUUCUUGCCACUGGUGGUGAUGGCUGUCUGCUACGGCUGGAUUUUGGUGACGCUGUUUCACACACGUAAUCAACAAAAGCACAAGGCCAUACGCGUCAUCCUGGCAGUGGUGUUAGCGUUCAUUAUUUGCUGGUUGCCUUAUAACACCGCUGUACUGAUUGACACGCUCAUACGAGGCGGAUCAAUUGCAGUGGAGGCAUGCGAAACUCGCUACAGCGUGGAAAUGAUGCUAAAUGUGACCCAAGUGUUGGCCUUCAUGCACUGUGCAAUGAAUCCGGUGCUGUACGCCUUCGUUGGGGAAAGGUUCCGUAACCAGCUGCUCUCAGCUCUUUACAAACACGGCCUCAUCAGCAAGAGGCUCCAGAUGGGUUAUAGGAAGGGCAAUGACCGCAGUGCAUGGAGCAUCAGAUCUAGAAACACCUCCACCAUGUAAAUAACAGGGGUAAACAGCUAGCCUGGCUCUGUCCAAAGGUAACAAAGUCCAACACAUCUAAAGGUCCCUAAUUAACAAGUUACAACCUGUUUCUUUAAUCCGUACAAAAACCAGUGAACCAAAAAAAGUGCUGAAGUGACUGUUGGCUGUUUUACAGGGGUAUGUACCAUAGACUAUAUAAAAAAAGAAGUAACCCAUUGGUUUGUGGACCAUCGUUUUGAAGCCUCAAGUUUACCUUUUUGUCCAUUUAUUUUAGAGUACAACCGAACCCUGAUCAAGAAAUGUUUAACCAAAGUUACAAUUAACUUUUAUUCACUAAAAACACACUGUGAAAGGGUUAAAGUUCUAAGACAAAAAUACGGACAACAUCCAAACCGGACAACACUGUGUGGUAACAUCCUGUUAAUCACAAGGUAGCCAUACUAUAUAAAGUAUACCCUGCUUUAUUGUCUAACUUACUCUAAAUUGAACCAUGAUUUACUAAAUUAACAUCGUGCUGUAUUGAAGAAGACUUGAUACUAGCGAUUGAAACCGUAAACUAGUCAGGAAAUUGUUUACUGAGGUAAUAAAUCAUGUUAGAAGUAGGGUGUUUUUCUCAUAGACUUCUAUACAAUGGGACUUCUUUAUGCAACUAGUGGAGUCGCCCCCUGUUGGCCGUUAGAAAGAGUGCAGGUUUAAAACACUUCUGCAUUGGCUUCACUUUUCAGACCGGGAGGUACCAAAGUGUUUCUUGGCCAGAAGCAGUAACAUCCUUUAACUUUAGAGGUUGCCGAUAGGUAUAUUUUAUUACCAUUAGACGGAGCCAGGCUAGGUGUUUCCAGUCUUUAUGCUAAGCUAAGCGGCUGCUGGCUGUACCCUUAUGUUGAAUAGAUAUACAUAAGAGUGAUAUAUUAGAAAAAAACUCUGCAAAAAAGGGAUCAAGCUUUUUUCCCAAAAUGUCAAACUAUUUGUAUGAGUUUUAUUGCUCUAACAAAUAAUACAGAGAGUGGUACAUGGUUCACAUGGCUGCUACUCAAGUUAAAAUUGGAUUGUCGCUUCAAAGCUUCAGCUGGAUGUUUGCUUUAGGAUCCUGCCACAGCCCAGAUGUGUACCCCAUAGCUUAAGAGGGCAUUUAGAAAAUAUAUUGUUGCCUUUAAUGUCUUUUGAUGCUUGAUGACCUCGUUUGAAGUGUAAUUAUUGAGUCCAACAAGCAAGAGAAAGAAAAAAACAGGUGCUCAACCGCAAACAUAUAAAUCAGUUGUCAAUUGAGGACAAUGGUGGCAUGCCACCAAAGUAGUUCAUGAGAAAGCUGCACAGCCAUUGCCUAAUUUGAUGGUGUGCCAUACUUCUUCAACCUUGAGAACUGGUGCAAUUAUUGAGAUUUUAUUAUUGUCAAUGCUUGCAAUGUUUUUCAUGAAAAUAAAGUAUUUUAAUGUCA